AUGGUCCAUACAGAGAUGAAUGAAACAUCCUCGAAUGUUUUCAAAAGGUUACAAAUAUCACCUUCCAAGAAUAGUAGGAUCAAAAAGCCUGCCAUGAGAUUGUCUCCUAAAAAGAUCACAACGUCAGCCGUUCCUCAGUAUACGCCUAUGAAAAUUAGCUCUCCAGAAUGCCUUAAAAGAUACACCAGGAGCUUGGACAGAACAGGUACGAUAAACGUUGCACCAAAAACUGUUCACCUAUCACCUGUAAGGACGCAUGCAAGUUUAAGGUCGUCACACGGUGUGACGAUAGUUUCUCCUAUCAGGGCAAAUCUUCAGGAUCAAUAUUCAAAGGAUGAGCUCAAAGAAGAAGUCAAGGGCAGCAAUUUAUUGACUAAGUUAAAAGAUGAAUUUUCUGGAGAGCCCCAUGGAAAUGAAGCUACGUAUCAUGCUCCUCUUCCUCAAAAUUCUGAUUCUAAUACGAGAAGUAGCGCUAGUCAACCCAAAAAAGCGGUGAAAUUUGCACUUUCCAAUGAGAAUUCAACGGAAGAAGAUUUGAGAAGUUUGAUAGAGCAAAUGAAAGAUAAUCAAUUGACAUUAGAGAAAAAGCUAGACUCCCUUACCAGCGAGUUUUUACAAUACCGUCACGUUCUGGAAGAAAAAGUGGACCGUUUGUUGGAUGAAAAUCGACAAAAUGAAUCUAUUAAGAAUAAUCGAAAUUGA